CCAGCUUACCAGUCCUUUGCCAGUCCAAACUCACCACCGGUGUCAGUCCGCUCUGUGACAUCCUGCUCUCACGGAGUAGUGGAGUUCUCUCAGCCAUGCCACCGCGACUCCCAUUCCGCCUCUCCCCGAUCUCCCCUGCGACCACAACUUCAAUAACCCCAUCCUCCAUUCCAUCUUUCCUCCUGCCAUUCCUUCACAGCAAGACCCAGUUACAGCCGCAGUCGCGCCAUGCAUCAAUUCUAGCGAGUCUCUCCGAUCGGCCUGGAGCCUAUAGCAGACGUAUCAGACGCGGUCGAGGACCUGCGUCCGGCAAAGGAGGAAAAUCCGGACGAGGAAGCGAUGGUCAGAAACAACACGGAAAAGUUCCUGCUGGGUUCAAUGGUGGUCAAACGCCUGAACAUAUUGUUCACGGAAGAUAUGGUUUCAAGAAUGUACACGGCACGACAUUCUCUCCAUUAAACCUCGGAAAAAUCCAAACCUGGAUCGACAGUGGCCGACUUGAUCCCAGCAAACCCAUCACCGUACGAGAAAUUGUCUCUAGCAACAUCAUCCACGGGGUUGACGACGGAGGAGUCAAGCUUCUCGGAGACGGCGCCUCUGACCUUAAGACCCCCAUCCACAUUGUGGUAUCACGAGCUUCUCAAUCUGCAAUCGCCGCAGUCGAAGCCAUCGGCGGCACCGUUGUCACACGAUUCUACACACCUUCAGCAAUCCGACGGAUCCUCGACGGCGAAAUGCAUCCGUUCGUCAGUCUACGAUGGGAUCAGAAAAUGCUGAGUCGACCAGGUUUGACGGUCGCUGGCGCAGAUGAUUUCGUCGAGCGAGCCAAAGCUAUGGGAUAUACAUACCGACUACCUGACCCCAGUGGGCGUAGUGACAUUGAAUACUACCGUGACCAAAAACAUCGCGGAUACUUGGCGCAUGAGGUCAAGGAAGGAGAGUUGCCUAGCCUGUAUUUCAAGCCUGCUGUUACCUUGGAACAGAUCAAGGAAUUGAGACGUACCUCGGGCAAGAAUAUGGCGGGCAAGAAGAGGGAAUCAGAUAAUAAACUGUGGUAAUGAUGAUGGUAGAAUUGGGAGCUCACGACUAGUCGAAGAUGUCAACCAUGACUGGGUAUCGAUGUAUCCCCUCGCCAUCCUACCACCCGUCACCGAAUCUCUCGACCAAUUCACCAACACCAUUGGCCAGAUGCGUCAAAAUGUAUAAAAGACAGAAGGGAGCAGACAGGCUAGCUGUAUUGUUGUUAGGUAGCUGGUUGGGAACCAGAAUUCUGUAUAGGCUGAAUCACCAAUUGCAGCCAGUAAACUCGAUGCGCAUAUUUCACCAUAUACAUUAUAUCAAUCAAAC